CCGCCCCUCGGGCGUACGUGUGCGCGCAGGGCGCAGGCGCGCGGGUCCCGGCCGCCCGUGAGACGCCAGCGGCUGGACGCGGGUCUGAGCCGUCUGAGGUGCCGGAGCUGCGGCAGGAUGGAGCCGCUGAAGGUGGAAAAGUUCGCAACCGCCAACAGGGGAAACGGGCUGCGCGCCGUGACCCCGCUGCGCCCCGGAGAGCUGCUCUUCCGCUCGGAUCCUUUGGCGUACACGGUGUGCAAGGGGAGUCGCGGCGUUGUCUGCGACCGCUGCCUCCUCGGGAAGGAAAAGCUGAUGCGAUGCUCUCAGUGCCGCGUCGCCAAAUACUGUAGUGCUAAGUGUCAGAAAAAAGCUUGGCCAGACCACAAACGGGAAUGCAAAUGCCUUAAAAGCUGCAAACCCAGAUAUCCUCCAGACUCCGUUCGACUUCUUGGCAGAGUUGUCUUCAAACUUAUGGAUGGAACACCUUCAGAAUCAGAGAAGCUUUACUCAUUUUAUGAUCUGGAGUCAAAUAUUAACAAACUGACUGAAGAUAAGAAAGAGGGCCUCAGGCAACUUGUAAUGACAUUUCAACAUUUCAUGAGAGAAGAAAUACAGGAUGCCUCUCAGCUGCCACCUGCCUUUGACCUUUCUGAAGCCUUUGCAAAAGUGAUCUGCAACUCUUUCACCAUCUGUAAUGCCGAGAUGCAGGAAGUUGGUGUUGGCCUGUAUCCUAGUAUCUCUUUGCUCAAUCACAGCUGUGACCCCAACUGUUCCAUUGUGUUCAAUGGGCCCCACCUCUUACUGCGAGCCGUCCGGGACAUCGAGGUGGGAGAGGAGCUCACCAUCUGCUACCUGGAUAUGCUGAUGACCAGCGAGGAGCGCCGGAAGCAGCUGAGGGACCAGUACUGCUUUGAAUGUGACUGUUUCCGUUGCCAAACCCAGGACAAGGAUGCUGAUAUGCUAACUGGUGAUGAGCAAGUAUGGAAGGAAGUUCAAGAAUCCCUGAAAAAAAUUGAAGAACUGAAGGCACACUGGAAGUGGGAGCAGGUUCUGGCCAUGUGCCAGGCGAUCAUCAGCAGCAAUUCUGAGCGGCUUCCCGAUAUCAACAUCUACCAGCUGAAGGUGCUCGACUGCGCCAUGGAUGCCUGCAUCAACCUCGGCCUGUUGGAGGAAGCCUUGUUCUAUGGUACUCGGACCAUGGAGCCAUACAGGAUUUUUUUCCCAGGAAGCCAUCCCGUCAGAGGGGUUCAAGUGAUGAAAGUUGGCAAACUGCAGCUACAUCAAGGCAUGUUUCCCCAAGCGAUGAAGAAUCUGAGACUGGCUUUUGAUAUUAUGAGAGUGACACAUGGCAGAGAACACAGCCUGAUUGAAGAUUUGAUUCUACUUUUAGAAGAAUGCGACGCCAACAUCAGGGCAUCGUAAGGGAACCCAGUCAGAGGGAAGGAUGGCGUGUGUCUUUGUUGAAUGCCUUAUUGAGGUCACACACUCUAUACUUUGUUUGCUGUGUAAGCCUCUCCUAUUGGAAAUUCUCUUCUGUGUUUGUGUAGGUAAAUAAAGGCAGACAUUGUUUGCAAACCACAAGAAUCAUUAGUUGUAGUGAAGCACGAUUAUAAUAAAUUCAAAACAUUUGGUUGAGGAUGC